CACUUGGGAAAGGCCCUAAUUUUGUAAUUUUGUUUAGAAAAUUUGAAUUUCUUUGUUUUCGCGCCAAAGGCGCUCUUGUCACCUUCAUGUCGUAUUCCCCACUGGGAAAUAUCUUAAAUGCUGUUGGUCCGUUGCGUCUUUUAGUAUGCUACUUGUUAACUCUCACCAAGGACGGUUUUGCACUGUAUAUAUACGUUUUGAAUUGUGUUUGUUGUUAUCGCUCGUUUCUGGCUGUUUUGCAGAAUAUACUUCCCACUCCAAGCUUGAACUUCUCCCUCUAGUUAGCGGACUGGGACGCACAAAUAGCUAACUUACUGGUCUUUGGUCACCGAGUUUUGUUCUCGUUUGCAGAUUAAGUGAACUCGUGAUAGCUUCAAACAUAACAAAUUUGGCGACAGUGGUUUUUCAAUUAUGGACCCCUCCAAAAUUGAACUGUUACUUGAGCAGCAGUUAAAAUUGAUGCAAACGUUGACGGCGAUCAAGGUUACGCCUCCCUUACAACCAAGCAGGUCUAGUUCAACCACGGCACCAUCAGUAGAUGGCAUCGCAAAUAGUUUAGCUGAAUUUUGUUACGAUCCUGAUGUUAAUAAUACUUUUGAGAUGUGGUUCAGGCAUUAUGAAGGUCUAUUUAAAUUUGAUUUCGCCAAUCAAGAUGAUGCUUGGAAAGUGCGGGUGCUACUUCGUAAAUUGGGUGCAACUGAGCUGGACAAGUAUUGCAAUCUGAUCCUGCCUUUGAACCCACGUGACCGAUCAUUUGCAGACACAGUUCAGACAUUAAGCCAACAUUUUGGUGAUAACUCAUUAUUGUUUAAUACUGGUUAUUGAUGCUUGGAGCUAACUAUAAACGAAGAUGAUGAUUUUCUUACGCAUGUGGGUCUCGUCAGCAGUGACAAAGUUGAUCUUUCUUUUCCAUCCAAGAUAUUUAUACUGUUUAAUAUUUUGACCUUACAUUAAAAAAAAAUCAAUCAGUACCAUAAAAUCAGUCAGAAAUCAAUAGAGCAAUCAUGCAUACCAUUCGCUUUUAGUUAAUUAUAAACAUUGUUGUUAAAAUGAUUGCGUAAUACACAAUAUAAUGAAUAAAAAAGCUAUACGAUUUAUUGUAUUGAAAAGAAAACAC